CUCUUCUAACCAGCGUGUGUGUGAACUAAAGAGGAAUGCACUGACCUCACCAGAGGGACGCACAGAGGCCAGAGUCACGAGUCUAACUGGGGGGAGCUAGGGCGAAUGUAGGACAGUAGGGAAGAAACACGGAUAAUGUGGAGUUUAAACAUCCAAAAUGAGGAGGUGUACGAUGCCGUCGCUGUGGAAGGUGAGCCGUUAGCAUGCUGCUGUUUCCUUGUGUUUAUCAGCAAGGUCAGGGAGAGCGCUGCAUUGAAAUGGUUUGCUCAUGAGAAAGGAAGUAGGGUAAAUCUCAAGUUUUGUUUACUCUCCAAUCAAACAAGUGGUGGUAUGCAGGAAGUGAGUUUCCAGUCAAAGAGACAACUUCCUGUUUUCUUUACAAAUGCAACAACUGCACGUUCUGCAUCAAAACUGCUUUAAAAUGCAGUUGGCAAUAAAACCAGUGAAUAAAAACUACAGAAACGAAAGUCUGAACUGAAGAGCCAAGUGACAAUUUUAAGUGCAGAGUUUUUGUUACAGCUUGUUCCGACUAUUGAUAGCUCUUAAACGAUGUCCGGUGCGCAAUCAACGAACAGACACCACAAAAACGACUUAUGAACUAUAUUUAGAAAGCAUCAUUUCUAAUUAAUACACAACCUUAUUUAAAUAUUCACUAAUUUGUCUUUAGUAGUGUCAUUUUGCCAAGAGCAAAAGUUGGAAGUAGGUUCUCUGGUUUGAUGAUUCAGACUGAAAGCAUGUUAGAAUGACUUAGUCAAAGUCUCAUCAUAAAUCCAUUUAAGAAUCUGUGGUAAAAUUUAAAAGGGGAAUCAACCCUGAUUUUCUGUAAGUUAAACUGAAACUGAUCUUAUCUGGCCUGAAAAUUGCCGACUGUCCCAUUUUUUUCUGCUGAAAGGAAAACUUUUCAGGUAAAAAAAAAAGAAAUUAGGAUUGGUAGGUCAGAGUUUUAAAGAUCAGUGAUCAGCCAGAAAACUGAAACAGCAUCUGUAGGAAAAAGUUCAACCCUGUUUCAAAACAAACCAUCAUUUGACCCCAUUUUAAAGCCUAGUAAUUAUUUAUACUGCCAUUUCCACUUUCCUCUACAUUCUAGUUAGUUUAUUGGAACCAAAGGUCCAACCAGACAUCGACCGUUGUACUGUGUGAAACUCAUAAAUGUCAAAACGACGCAGUUCGUUAAGUAAGAAGCUGUUGAGUUAUGCAAUUCAUUGUGGCCAGAGUCCAGCCAUCUUCGUUCACUGGAACUUAUGAAGUAAACGCGAGAUUAAACAUGAUCCAAACUAGACCAUGGAUGUGCAUCGCCUUGACCACAGCGACGUGCUCCAGCCACGAGCUUAUCUUGCUUUGGAGCCCUCUCCUUACUCCCAUCCCGGCUCUCAGAGCCUCUCCAAAGUCCUCAGUGCCGAUCGAGUCGAGCAGAUGACCAAAACCUACAAUGACAUCGAAGUGGUCACCCAUCUUUUGGCAGAGCGAGACAGAGAUCUGGAGCUUGCAGCUCGGAUUGGUCAGUCUCUUCUGCAGAGAAACCACCUGCUGCAGGAACGAAACGAUGCCGUGGAGGAGCAGCUGGCACAAGCAGUGGACCAGGUUCACCAGCUGCAGCAUGAGCUAAACAAGAAGGAUGAACUGCUCCGGAUCGUGGCCAGCGCUUCGGAAGAGGGGGAGCAAGACGCCGCAGUGUCGACCCCGCAACAGCAGCCGCAGCUGCUGGGGGGGGCCGCUGCCGCCUCCGCCGCGCUCAGCCAGCUGGAGCAGCUGCAGAACAAGCUGCAGGAGCUGGAGGAGGAGAACCAGGCACUGAGGUCUGAGGCAUGUCAGCUGAAGAAAGACACCAUGACAUACGAGGAGAAGGAGCAGCAGCUGGUCACCGACUGCGUCAAAGAACUACGCGAGUCCAACAGUCAGAUGGUGUCUCUAACGGAUGAACUGUCCCAGAAGAAUGAAGAGCUGCUCAGACACCAGGAGGAAAUCGCUCAGCUGCUUUCUCAGAUUGUAGAGCUGCAACACAGAGUGAAGGAGCUGGCUCUGGAGAAAGAAGAGCUAAGGAUCCACCUCCAGGCCUCCAAAGAUGCUCAGAGACAGCUAACAGCAGAGCUGAACGAGCUGGCAGAGAGGAACGCAGAGUGUGUGGAAAUGCUCCACGAGUCGCAGGACGAGAUCAGAGAGCUGCGCAGCAGAAGCAGUCCCUCCUCCGGGAUGCGACGACAUCUUUCAUACGGCCUCUACCCCAUGGAAUCGUUGGCAGCAGAGAUUGAAGGUUCAAUGAGGAGAGAGCUGAGCAUCGAUGAGGAAACCGCCUUUCAAGACCAAAGAAUUUCUCAAAAGAGAGUCUUCCAAACAGUCCGCUCGGUCAACGCCUCAGCGUCCCGCGCUGCUUUGGCCACCCCGCCUAUCCCCGGUUCUGGACAGAGUUCUCUAGUAAUGACCUCCCAACCUUUCCAGUCAGCAGAAGGGGAUGAGGUACGAAUGGGAAAGCCAGGACAACCAGGAGGAAAUGACCUCACCAAAGCUCUCCAUCGACUCUCUUUAAGGCGGCAAAACUUCCUGUCUGAGCGUCAGUUCUUCCAGGCGGAGCGUGAGAAGAAGUUGCAGAAUGAGACGGGGGCAGAAGCUGGCAGCGAGGGCAGUUCCCCAAUGGGCAGCGUGCUCUCCUCCUUUUCCAACCUCUCCGAUCUCACAGUUGGCUCCACUAUUUUCAAAACCUUCCUGCCGGAGAAACUUCAAAUCGUCAAACCAAUGGAAGGCUCCCUGACGCUUCAUCACUGGCAGCAGCUCGCCCAGCCUCACCUGGCCACCAUCUUAGACCCGCACCCUGGGGUUGUGACAAAGGGUUUCCGACCUCUGGCUCAGGAUGCCAUGUUCCGGUUGUCAGACAUGGAGGAAGACGAAGAGGCUGAAGAGCACAGAGAGAUUGCUGCCCUUGAGAAAGGAACAGCUGAAAAGGGUAAAGAGGAGCUGGAUGAGGAAGAGGAGGAAUGCGGGAUAACCUUUAACGUUCGCCGUUCAUCCACAUCAGAGGACAGAAACCGUUCUGUUGCACCUUGCACCAAUGCCCCUCCCCCCUCGAUCCAAUCAACACCACCUGGAGCGCCUUCCACUUCCUCCUUUGUCCCUUUGGACCUCUGUUUGACACCCAGUCACGUCACAGAGAAAUCCAACCAAUUGGCUCUUCCCAUUCCAGGAGUUUCUGCAACAGCUGUCCAAUCACAAACUAGAGUUUCCACCUCAACAUCUUCUUCUUGUGUCCAAAACCCAGGAAAGAGUCAGAGCUCCACCUUCUCUACCUACACCUUCACAACCUGUCGUAUUCUCCACCCUACUGACAUCACACAGGUCACACCAAGCUCUCAGUCGUCCCUUUCAGCCAACACGCCCAGCUCCAUGAGAACGGGUCCCAGUACUCCGGUAACUCCCUGCAGGCUGAGUUUGGGUGACUCCUUCCCGCCCCGACGCCCUCCAGCUCCCCCCUGCAGCUUGGCCAAACUGGUCCAAGAGAGGGGUAUUUCUGCACAGGUUUCCACUGAUGUACCCUCUCCAUUGCCCAGAUCUGCUCCACGGCAACCCCUGUUGCGACUCAUGCCAAGCACACCGCCCAACUCCCCCUCUCACUCUCCCACUCCCUCGCCUGUCCCUGCAGAGCCCCGCCAACAUCCGUCUGACAAUUUUCUAGCCUCACGGCCUGCAGAGCUUUUUCUCCAAGAUGUGUACGGGUUGAACCUAGGCCGAGCUCCACAUCCUGACCUGCCCAGCCCUUCUCAGCAAACCCCCAGCCUCUCCUCUUGUUCCAAGCCAGGCCGAGACAAGGCUAACCUCGUCAGCGUUGGUCUGGUAGAAAGACUUUGUCGUUUGGGGUUCACUAAGGUGCUGCACAGUUCAGAGUCUGACACGCCAGUGCCGCACCAAGAGUCCGCCAAGUUUGUGUCGGCAGGUGGUGGAAGUUUGAUGGACGGCCUGCGGCGCAAUCAGAGUCUCCCGGCGAUGAUUGGCGCCAGAGCAGGAAGUAAGUCAACCGGACAUCCUCUUCAUCCGACCUCCCUAGCUAUCCCCCCACCACCAUGGGGAAACCUUAAAGAACGACGCCGGCAUCUUGCCUCCAUCUCGCACCCUCCAAGAAGUUCAAAACACUAAAGGAAGGAGUCACAUCGCUAGCACCUCCACCUAAACUCUUUCCUUUCUACAUUUUGGAGAGAAGAGUCAGGGAAUCAGCGGGAAGAACAGUCCCUCCUUUUCAUGACGUUGGUGAAAAGCACAAUUGAACGUUUAUAGUGAUGCUGAAUUUUCUAAAUGUACUCAUUCGACAUGACGCUUGGCCUUAGCUUGACUCUUGUGUUGGGUUUGCAUUUCAGUAAUUCUCGUGAGACUCUGGAUGUUCAGGUGCAACUUGAAGCAGGAUUCCUUCGUAGUCAGGAAAAGGAACUUGAUCUCGGCAUGUUUCCAAGUGAGGAUAAUUUGAGAAAAAGAACAGUUUGGAAAAGACUAUACUUUAUUCCCAAUCCUAAUAUCUAAAGGUUCUUUCUUCUUUUUACUGAAUUCUUCCUUUUCAUUUCCUCCUUUCUGCAUAAAUUUAUUUUUAUUUCUGUAUCCUUUUCAUCUCCUUCUAUCCGUUGCCUCCUUUUUACCUUUUUCCUGUCUUCCCCAUAUUCUGCAUUCCUUUUGUGUGUCUUCUGAAUGUAUUUCUCGUUCUUGCUUUUUUCCAGCAUUCAUAGAACUGUUUUCUGUAAAUCAGUGGUGAAUGUUGGUUUGUUUAUGUUUUGAAAUGAAGGUAAACAUUGGAAAGUUGAGCCUGAAAAAGUAUGUAAGUGUCUGAGGGUUUGUGGAAGUCGAUAAGAAAGAACGUUUGUUUUGUUGGAUCAUGAGGGAAAGUGGUGAUUGAUUGAACAACUGAGCAUCCAGAGUCUUGCUGUCCAAGGGCUUGUUCUGUAAUCAGCAAGAAGAACUGUAGAACAAUGUCAUCCCAGCCUAUAACCCCCGUAAAUGGUGAUUAUGUCCGCUUCUAGAAAGACGAGCCUCUGGUGUCGGUGGAGGAGCAAUCUGACUUCCUUUUAUUACUUAGGCGCUAGCUAGAAGACUUAAAGCAUAACAUGAAACUGCCAGGCUAAUCCUGUAGUCCAGCUAUGCCUGUAAACAUACCAGUGAUGGGUUUAUUUUUACUGUUAAUAUACCUUAACUUUUCCAUCCGUGUGGUGUGGCAAACGCAUCUGCAUGAAAAGCAACAUUGCCUACAUGUCCCAGCAUGCAUCUGUCAAAAGGCAGGUGGGGACAGGUUAAAGCAAGGCUAAAACCAAAAUUGACAAAAUGUUAAAAAUAGGGAAUGGGGUGUGAGAGGAAUCCGUUUUUCUUCAGGUUUUGUGUGUUUUUAUGAAUAUGAGGCCUUAAAUAGAGGCAAGCACUAUUUUCAAUAAAGUUUGUUGCCAUGUUUUAGUUGCACUUAGUCGGUUCUGGGGAUCAUUGCUGAACUGGACUGAACAUAUUUGAUUUUUCUCAGAAGUCAGCUUCAGACUAAAGGGAAAGGGCACAUGCAAUACCAACAUUGGCCAGCAGGUGGGAGCAUUUCCCACCUAGAAAGUACUUGAAAUCAGUUUCUAAAAUGCCUAAACAUUAACUUGUAUCUGCUCUUAUGUUCUAUAGUUAACCUUUAGUAACAUCUGUAUUUAAAUCCUGACAUUAAUGAAAACAUGUUAUGUGUCCGGUAACAAUAUAAGCUAAUAAUUUAACUAAUGUUGCAUUUUUCUCCACAUAGAGGGAAUCCAUAUUGAUGUAAAAAACUUUAUUUUUGUUAAAAAUAAAUAUUUCAGGCUUGUAUAUGUUAAGCAUUGUGAAAAGGAAAAAAAUUACCUCUGAUAAAGGCAUAAUGAGUAUUUCCAUCUUUUCCUUGUAAAAUUUAAAGUUCCGCUUUGUGGCUUUUGAUGGAUUAAACAUCUAAAAUAAAAACAGAACUUCCUGGUGUUUCCCAGCUGUAAUCAGAAUCCUAUGUUGUUGCCUCUUUUGUAAAAUAAAGCUACUGAAAUUAAAAA